UCCUUCUCCUUCCUGUGUUCUGUUGCAGACUUUGGAGGCGGUGCUGAACUUCAGGUACUCCGGUGGAGCGGGCAAAGUGGAGGGCUACUACAGGGAGAUGUCUCUGGGCGUCCAUGUAGACGUGGAGCCGUCUGUGUUUUUUACCAGAGUUAGCACCCUUCCUGCUACCAGCACCCGGCAGUGCCACCUUCUGCUCGACAUCUUCAACCCGACGGAACACGAGCUCACAGUCAGCGCCAAGAACAGCGAGGACCUGGUGCUGCAUCCCAGCGAGUGUCAGAGGAUGGCCAUCCAGGUCGACAAGUUUGACUUUGAGAGUCUGCCCCAGCUGGACCAGGAGGCGGCCCACUUCAGCAGCCCCAAACAGCUGGAGGAGGAGCAACAGCACGCCCAGGGCUGCCAGAUCAACAGCAAGCUGGACAUCUGUUGGAGCAUACCAUCUCUGCAGCGGCAUGGAGAGGCCAGCGUGGAGGGAGCCCUGAACCAGCUGGUCCUGGAGCACCUGCAACUCGCUCCUCUGCAGUGGGACGUGCUGGUGAACGGGAAGCCAUGCGACUGCGAUGUGGUGGCAGACUGCAGAGUGGGCGACGCCGUGACCCUGGAGGUUAAACUGACCAACCUGAACAAGAACCCGGUGGGCCCGCUGUCUCUGACCGUGAUGCCGUAUCAGGACUACCAGAACGGGGUCCAAAACUACGACCUGGACGAAGCGGUCACCUUCGUCGGCUCAAACACCUUUUUCAUCGACGUGGUUAAACCCAGGGAGAGCUCGGUGUGUGAGGGCGCCCUGCUCUUCCUCUACACCGGAGACUUCUACCUCAACAUGAAGGUUCAGGACGACAGCGCCCGGCGGGAGCUUCCUCUGGCCUGGUUCACCCUGCCUGGCGUCCACGUCAGAGCCCAGGACACGCCGCUGCAGGCCGGGGCCUAACGGACCCAAACAGCUAAACGUAGCACAACGUGGUGCAGCUGUAACAGCCUGGAUGUGACUUCGUUACAGGUUUCUGCUUCUGUUUGAAGGAAUCGAGACAACCUGCUCACCGGAGGACAUGUUUUCAAAAGCUAAACUGACACUGAUGAUGAAAACCAAACUGACUUUGUCUUUCAUUACAGGACGCAGGAGUUAGCUUAGCGCUGUGAGCUCUGCUGAACCUCUAGACACAUUUAGCUGUAAGAGUCGGCUUCCUAACCGAGAGCCAACAUGAUGAAACGUUUUAUCCCCUCUGUGAAACCGUUCUGUUUCAACAACUCUAUUCUUAUUUAUUUUUUUUUUCUUUUGUUUACUGCUGCAGAAUCAUAAGGCAUUGAGAUAUUGAUUUAUUUAAUUAGCUGUGUGACUGGACUGAUUAUGCUGAUGAUAAACUGCUGUAAAUAAAUGCUAGAAAAAGCAA